AUGAGCGCGGAUAUUAAAGAUGCUUCCAUGUCUUCGCCCCGCAGUAUCCUCUUUCUGGAUGUGGACGGCGUGCUACACCCACUGGGAGAGAACCACUUGCCAGUCGGCGCCACGGCGGCAGAACUGAUCCAUCGGGACGAAAACCUCCAGGAGUCCUGGCCAGUUUUGGAAGGAAAGGAGUUGCUCGCGACACAUCUGGAAAGAUUGGCGAAGAUCGUGCGUUUAGAUGAUAUUGAUGCGGCGCGCUGUGGAAAAAGAACGCGUACGUCUAGUACGGGAGCACCUACAACUUCUGUGCAGCACCAAAGAGUCGAGAUCGUCCUCACGUCGACGUGGCGCGAAAAACCGGGCUCGCUGAACUGCGUGAGGAAAGCGUUGGAACAGUUCAGUUUAAAGAUCGCUGACGUUACUCCGAUUCACAGUGGCGGGAACGUGCUCAGCCGGCCGGGAGAGAUCGAGGCGUGGCUCGCGGCGAAUCGGGUUGAUUUGGGAAGGGAUUUUGUCGUCAUCGUGGACGAUGCGGAUUUGAAGUUUGCGGACGAAGCUUUGGAAGCGCGGUUUUUAAAGAUCGAGAAAGCAACAGGCUUGACAGACGCAGAUGUUGAGAAGGCUCUAGCAAUGUUUGGGGCUGUGAAAUAAUGAAAUAUGAUCCGGAAUAAGGUCCUCCUCCUCCUCUCUUUCGAGGUUUAGAUAGAACUCAUUGUCGUUUCAAAGACUGGACCUUGCUUUUUUAGAAGAUGUGGCCUGCCGGUGGUCGUUGCUCAUGCUCAAUAAGAAGGAUCAAAGUAAAGUACUUGCAUAGUGCCAGUGGAAAAAAUCUAAAUCACGGCGAACAACAGAUCAAAACUUGGAAAACUUCCUUCUCAAAAGCCAAGAUGAAGAUAGCCAAUCUUGAUUUUCGAAACCGCAGCAUUGAAACGAAAUCGGAAUGUAUAUGCUCUCAUGCCAUCAAGCUGUGGUCGCCAAUUUUUUGAUCCAGACGAGCAUUUGAAAUUUAAAGAUCAAAGCGCAAAGUGAUCUGCCGCUCUAGAAGUA